AUGCUACAAAAUCUCUUUCUCCUUGAUUCUAAUCAUCACUUUCUUCCUAAGGUAAAUAAAUCUCUUGAAGCCAAUUUUUUCAUCUAAUCACAAAAGAUGCCAGAGACAGAAUAUUCAUUUGGAAGGUCAUUACUUAGUUUGCGUCGUGACCAAGCAAACCUAAUGGAUCCAACAGCAUUCCCUGAGCCUAUGACCAUGGAGGUGGAGUUAGAUUCUUUUCAAAGACAAGUAGCCGAAAAAUUCAUCGAUCUUAAUGCAUCCGCGGCUGAUGAUGAGAUCCUCUCACUUGAAUGGAUAGGGAAACUUCUUGAUUCUUUUCUUUGUUGCCAAGAAGAGUUCCGAGUUAUAAUAUUCAACCACAAAACUGAGCUUCUUAAACAACCAAUGGACCGAUUGAUAGAAGACUACUUCGAAAGGAGUGUCAAGGCUCUUGAUGUAUGCAAUGCUAUCCGUGAUGGUAUCGAGCAAAUUCGACAAUGGAAGCAAAUGAUUGAAAUCGUUAUAUCCGCUUUAGACACUAGCCAAAGAAAACAACUUGGUGAAGGAGAAAUCCACCGAGCAAAAAAAGCUUUGAUUGAUUUGGCAAUUGGAAUGCUAGAUGAGAAAGACUAUUCCAACACUUUGGCCCAGCGAAACCGCUCUUUCGCGCGCAACAAAGACCAUAAUCAACACAUUGGCUAUUUUAGGUCACUUUCUUGGAGUGUCUCUCGGUCAUGGUCAGCCUCUAGGCAGUUACAAGGCAUUGGAAAUAACUUAGCAACGCCUCGAGCCAGCGAUGUCAUGGCUUCCAAUGGCUUAGCUCUCACUGUCUAUACAAUGACAUCAAUAUUAUUGUUUGUAACAUGGGUUCUUGUAGCAGCCAUACCUUGCCAAGACCGUGGCUUACAUGUCCAUUUCUACUUCCCUAGGCAUUUCCAAUGGGCAGUACCAGUCAUGUCCUUGCAUGAUAAGAUCAUGGAGGAAUCAAAGAAAAGAGACAAGAAGAAGAAAGGUUGUGGACUACUUAAAGAGAUUAACCAAAUCGAGAGAAGCUCAAGAUUGUUAAGUGAAUUGAUUGACUCAGAUAAUUUCUCAUUAACCGAUGAAGAAGGGUUAGAGUUGCAUGAGAGAGUUCAAGAAUUGGUGCAUGUGUGUGAAGCCAUGAAAGAUGGUUUGAGUCCAUUUGAUAGGAAAGUGAGAGAUGUCUUCCAUCAGAUUGUUCGUAGCCGCACUGAGGCUCUUGAUUCACUUGGAAAGAUUAAAAAUCAAGAAUAGGUCAGUUUCAUAUAUGUUUUCAUGAAAGUAAAAAUCAUGAGUAUAACGAUCAUAUAUAUGUGUAACUGUUGGAGAUGAAGGUGUUGUAUGAUUAGUAGUCCGAGAGUUUUAGAUUUAA